AUGAACGACCGUAUAAGCAGAGAUCUGACGAAGAGCUUUCUUGAGAAGAGGGAGCUGGCAAAGGACGAAGUGGAUCCGCGCAAGAAUUGGCUGAAGAGAAUUUUAAUGAAUAACAAUUCAUACGAUUUGAAAAUGUUUUUAAAAGCGGCGGAAUUAAAAACAAAGGAUGGGGAUUAUUGUAAAAGUUGUAAAACUAGCGUGAAGCAAAUUUAUUACAUAAACACGAGCAAAGUUUUCUGUGAAGUGUGCGAAGAGAUAUUCUGUAUGUACUGUGUAAAAAGCAUAGACGUGAUGAAAGACAGUCAGCUAAAAUAUAUAAAAGUCAGACUAUGUAAGAACUGCUUUAUAUAUAUAAAUGAAUUAAAAUAUAUUAUACACCCAAAUUUGUCCAUAGAUAAAAAGGCCAUUGAUUUGGUUAAUGCCUUUAACGAAAUUUCAAAUCGGUACACCACCAUGUGUAGCAACGUGUCCCAGCUAAAUGGAUUAAUUAUGCUUUGUGAAAAUAAUAAAGAAUAUUUAGAUAAUUUUAAAACUGAAAUCAAGCAGCUUAUGGAUGUUAUUCAGCACGAUGUGGAUUUCCUCAAUGCCAUGAAAAAGAAAAAUAAUUUUGCCGAGGACAAUACGCUUAUUCUCAACAGAAUGGGCAAAAAUUUAAUACUAUACUUGAAAAUUAUUAGGAAUAAAAUUAUUCCCAGCUCCGUGGACGUGAUGAACAAAACGAAGGAGUUGCUCUAUAAAAAGAAGUAG